CGCGCGCGCGUCUGCUUAGUAGCGAAGAUGCAGGUAGGACCACACCUCAACCGCGCAGCUGCCUACCUUCCAAUAUCUUUACCACCAGCACUUGCACACAAUACUACAAGCACGGCCAAGGGGCAGGAUAAAGAAGGAAGCCAAUUGUUUGCUUCUGCCUACAUUUCUGCGAAGCUUCAAAGCUCGGCGCCGCCCUCCUCCAUUAGCGGAUACAUUCGUUCGCAGCUCUCUACCACGAUGCCCUAUCGUGUCGAGGUUGCCUCCCAAGGCCGUGCAGGAUGCAAAAACACGGAAUGCAAGAAUGCCGCCGUCAAGAUUGCCAAGGGUGAAUUCCGCAUGGGCACUCUCGUCACAAUUCAGGAGCACACAAGCUGGACCUGGAAGCACUGGGGCUGUGUGACCCCACUCCAGAUCGGUCACCUCCAGGAAGAAUCGGGUGGCGACACGGACAUGGUAGAUGGGUACGACGAGCUUCCUUCUGAGCUUCAGGAAAAGGUCAAGUAUGCUCUCGAGCAUGGCCACGUAGAAGACAGCGACUGGAAGGGCGAUAUCGAGGUCAACCGUCCCGGUCAGAAGGGGUUCCGCGUCAAUGGACCGAAGAAUGGGAAGAAGGCCAAGAAGGCCAAGAAAGCUUCUGAGGACGGUGCGACUUCUGACGAGGCCGCUGCCCCACCACCCAAGAAGAAGCGCGGACGGGCUGUUAAAGAUGAGAGCGAGGACGACGAGCCAGAAGCUCCCGCCCCCAAGAAAGCCCGUGGUCGCCCCAAGAAAGCCGCUGUCAAGGGCGAAUCCGACCAGGAGCAAGAGGCCCCUGUUGCCAAGAAGACUCGAGGUCGCCCCAAGAAGGCAGCUGUCAAGGCAGAGCCUGAGAGUAAUGUCAAGGAGCCCAAGGCAAAGAAGGCCGCCAAAGGCAAAAGGUCCGCUGUCCAGAAGGAGGUAGCUAGCGAUAUUGAUGAAGACGAGGACUCGGAGUCUGAAAAGCCAUCUCCCCAAACUGUCAAGAAGGCUGCGGCUUCAAAGCGUGGCAGGAAGAAGAAGACUGCAACCGAUGACGAUUGAGCCCUGGCUCCAGCCCAUCUGGGCCUCCAAUGAGUAUCAUUUGGUAUCAGCACAACGGGAUGUCGUGUCACCCAAAGUCGGUGUACGUUCGGAGCUCGAAUCUGUUCGCGGUCUUCGUU